AUGGAGGAUACCACAUUCAGCCAAGAGGCUGCUUCAGCAGCUAGUGCCUCCAAAGCACUCCAGAAGCCCCGGAAGAUGAGAGCUUCAUGUGACGCAUGCUCUCGUGCCAAAGUCAAGUGCGACAAAGUAAGACCAACUUGCCAGCGAUGUGGUACCAUUAAUGUUUGCUGUAACUAUUCCCCGUCUAUGAGAUUGGGUAAACCCCGCAAGAACCGGAAUCUGGACGGAACGAUCAAACGUGAAGUAUCACCUGCUGGCUCAUACCGACCCACGGGGGCUCAGUUUGAUUUAAUUCCACGCACUGCCUCUCAUACAUCUGAGAGUUCACCGGAGCCAAUAGACCCCUUCUACUUUGGUCCCAGCACGCCGGAGUUUCACUAUCAAGAUGCUUUCGUCGCAAACAACUUCGGCGAUAGUCUAUCGCCAGCAUGCUCUGAAGGAGGUGCUAUGUCUUUCGUCAACGCGUGGGCCAACGAUGAUCACAUGAUGUUUGGAAGCCAGACGGAUAUGUUCGUUCCCAUGCCCCAGUAUCUUCCACAACAACACACUCCUGUACAUGGACACGUACGUUCCAUCAGUACGCCCAGCCAACCUGACUUAUUUGCAUCACUGGAAUCGCAACAGCCUUCACCGCAUACUAGCCACCAGAUGCUGAAUGCGCAGCAUAACAUAUUCACAUCACAAGAGACGGUUAUUGAUUCACCUUCGCCAACACUAUCCGCAGCACUAUCAACACCUCCAGCAUGGGGAAACUUUGCAACCCACGAUUGCACACUGUCCGCCUUUCAAACACUGAAUAAUUUAUACGUACCACUCGAGCCCCAAACUUCUGCCAGCGACUUCACUAGUGUGGUGAACGGUUCUCCAACACUCGAGUCCAUCCUAGCCACCAACAAGGCCGCCGUGGAUAGUUUGUAUACAUUACUAGAGUGCGACUGCACAUCAAACCCCCACUUCGCAUCGACCAUCAAUCUUGCAACUAUGAAAAUCCUCUCGUGGUUCCAAGCCAUUGCACGAGCGCACGACCACCAGCGCGGCCUCCCAUACAUCUCACUCGAGACUCAACUCGAGCUCUGCACGCAACCCCACACUUCGGACUCGGAAGCGGAAUGCGCCCAGCGCACCAGUCUUGUUCUUGCUGAGCUGUGCAGGAUCGAGAAGCUGAUCGAUAAGUUUGCAGAGCGCUACUGCCGACGCACCAGCACCCCAGGCGACCUGGCAGAGCCAGAUAUCAACAACGGUGUGUAUCUCUCGAUGGAAGCUUCUCUCCGGACCCGGGUGAGGGACACGUUCAGGAUCACCAUGGCUGUUGCGCCCGAGAGUGUCAAGCGUCGCAUGGCUUCUUCGCGGACGACGCAAAACAGAAUGCGUGUCAACACUAUGUGA